CGCCGCCGCCACGUGGCGAGCGGGGCCGCGCCGGGCGCUCCCGCUGCCGCUCCCCGGCGGCCGGGGCGGGCCCUGCCCGCCGAGGGGGUCCUGCGGCCGCCCGCGGGGCGGGGCGGGGCUGGGCCGGGCUGUCCCGCCCCGGCUGGGCUCGGCCGGGCUCGGCACAGCCAGACCUGGCUCCGCCCGCCCGGCCCCGUCCCGGCCGCCCAUGGGGAGCGCGGCCCGGCGGCGGCCCGGCAGCAGGAGGCGGCGGGGAGGCUCCCCCGGCGGCCCCGCUCGCCCGUAGCCCGGCGGGGCAUGCCCGGCCCCAGGAUGCCGGCCUGGGGGAUCCUGCCCGUCACGCUGCCCGCCUUCACCAUCACCGGCAUGUGGAUCGUGUAUGCCAUGGCGCUCUCCAACAACCACAUCUGCCCAGUCCACAACUGGAAUUACAACCAGUCAUGCGGUGUGGACGGCCCCGGCUCCUGCUGCACACUGGACCACAUACCCCUUGUCAGCAAGUGUGGCACCUUGCCUCCCGAGAGCUGCUUCUUCAGCCUCAUCUGCAGCCUUGGCUCCUUCAUGGUCAUCCUGGUGGGGCUGCUGCGCUACGCCCACCUUCUGGAGCGCCUCGGGCCGUCCCUCCUCAACACCCUCGGGCUGGCCACCGGCUGGGUCUGCGCCGCUGGCCUCACCAUGGUUGGCAACUUCCAGGUGGAUCACGCCAAGGUGCUGCACUACAUUGGGGCAGGGGUGGCCUUUCCCACGAGCAUGCUGUUCCUGCUCCUGCAGUCCAUCCUCACCUACCGCAUGGCCAAAACUCGCGGGCAGUACUGGACUGGCCACUUACGUAGCAUCCUUGCUGCGGUGGCCCUCCUCAGCCUUGUCUUCAGCGGCGUGUUCUUCAUCCAGGAGAGCUUUGUACUGCAGCACGUGGCCGCCCUAUGCGAGUGGAUGUUCAUCAUUGAUGUCCUGGUCUUCUACGGCACCUUCACCUUUGAGUUUGGGGCCAUCUCCACAGACACCUUCCUGGUCCUGCUGAAAGCCAGCCGGGCCCCCAAAAGUUACAAAAGCAAGAGCGGCGUGUCCAGCACAGCCCACAUCCACAGCCAUGCAGACGGCCUGGCUAUGGUGUGACCCCCUCACAGGAGCCAGCUUCACAGUGGGGACCCCCAAACCGGGCUCUGCUGGCAGCUCCCUUGCCUUGAAUAUCUCAGAGACCCUGGCUGCCUUGGGGUGCAUGUGUGCGUGUGCGUGAGCACACAUGGGCAUGCGGUGCCCCCCUCUCCUGGUGGGAGCUGCAGCCAGGGCUCCUCUGGCAGCUAGUGUCCCCUGCAGGAGAUGCCCCCUCCCUGCUGCAGGGUUUGGGGGUCACUGCUGGGGUGCAGGGAUGCCAGCCCAGUGCUGCUGUCAGCAGAGCUGGGGUCUGCCCCUGAUCCUCCGGGGCUGCCCUGUCUGGGUCGGGGGAGCUGUCGGAGGCAGUCAUGCAGAGAUGCCCUUCUGUAAGGCAUCUGUAAGGUGGGGGAACAGGGGCUCACCCUCCCCCUCACCAUGUUCCCCCGGUGUGCUGGGGAGGGGGCAUCGCCAUUCCGCCCUUCUCCAUGGCCACGGGGGUAGGGUGCAGCAGGACAAGCCUUCCGGCUGGCCGCUGUGACUAUCAGAGGAGCCAAAAACCUAGAGUGCCUUUUCCCUUCCUCAGGAGGUGAGGGCUGUGCCAGCCUGCACCCCCAGGGAGGAUGGCAGCGGGGGGGUGCAGGCACCUUGCCUGCCUGCCCGGGUGCAGUAGUGCCUUGUAUUGCUGCAGAAUGACACCAGCAGCCCCAGUUGGACUGCGCUGGUCCUCCCGGCGGGUGCUCUCCCUACUCAGGGCCUUCCAUGCCCCCAGCUGAUGACUUUCCCACAUUUUUUCAGCAUGGAGGAGAAUUGCUGAGGCAGGUUUCACCUGGGCCACAGCAUUGCCACGCUCCUGGGUGAUCAGCUACGUUAGGAAAUGGGUCUCUGCAUUUACUGUCACACCAGGGAUGUUCUGCAAGCACAGUGCCUGCAGAGGGGUGGAUUUCCCCUCUGUAGCAUUGCCAAGCCGUCCCACCAGGGAGCCUGCACGCCCCAGCCGCGGCCUCCCAGCCUGGGGGUGGGCUGCUGCCAGCCCUCCCCCCCAGGGGGCGCAGGCACGGAAAGGGGAAGCACUUCUGUAGGAGCAGAGGAAGCCUGCACCCCAUUCUGCUGGGACUCCCAAAUGCGUCCUCUGGAGCCUUCCCCAGUGCUCAGCCCGGCCAGAGCCUGCAUGGUGAGAAUCCGUCCCGCUCAGCCCCGGCCUCCUCGGGCUGAGCCCUGGCCUGGGGCGUCCUGGGCAGGGGGCUGGAGGGGAGUGGUGGGGUGUAGCGGGGGAUGAAUGACUCUGUGUGUGUGUAUAUAGAUCUAUAUAUAUAUAUACAUACAUAUAUAUAUAUAUAUAUAUAUAUAAAUUUUCCCUUGUCCCUGGAGAGGGGCAUUUGCUGCUGCUGUGCGCGUUGAUCAGGUUGGGCUUCCCGACUUGCCCGCCUUUUCAGAAUUGGCCUAUAAAUCCACCAGUAUAUGUAGUUCAAAGAGGAGCAUUUCUGACUUUUAUAUCUAAUAUGUUUUUAAAUAUAUAUAUAUAUAAAGAGAGAACAGUGAAUUUACAAUAAUAAAAGUGAAAACCAGCCAA